UAAACUUGAAGGCACCCGCUUCUACCUGGAACCUUUACCCACUUACAUCUUUCCUCACCACGACAACCACUUAGCUGCAUGAUUUCUUCUCUUUUCUCUCUCUUACACUUAUACACUCUCUUCAGCUUCUAGACCAGCUACAUAUUAAUGAUUAUUCUUAUUACAUAUUUCCGAACCACCUUUCCUUAUUGGUUCAUGUUUGCUUCGACUUAAGAGAAAAAAAAGUUCCUGGCUUGGCUGACGAUAAAAAAACGUUUCGAUCCGUAGUUGUGCCUAAACUUGCAAACGACUUUCUUUUCAUCCCUCGUGCUCACGCUUCGACCAACGACCUCUUUCUCCCCCUAUAGUUAUGAUAAUGUGCAAUGAUAUACGAAUCUGAAGAACUCCAGCACCACCAGCACCUACUCAAGGGAAGCAACCAUCUUUUCGUACUAGUGACCGAGACUUUGCUAUGAGUGGAGACCAACAGACCUCCAGCUUUGGUGAUCCAAACGCUCAACCUCCUACCCCAAAGCAAACCCCGACCUCCGCCGUCUUCCCUAGUUCUGUCUUCGAAACCCCUAAGAACAACCGAGCUUCGUUUGACGAGUCCUCCGGCUGGACACCCCAGUUCGCCGAAGAAUAUUCCGUCUUCAAUUCUACUCCUGGCAAUUUGAAGGCCUCCCACGGUUCCUUUACCGACUUCUCCGUCUCUACGCCGUAUCACUCCUUGGGUCACAAGAGACCCCUGUCUACCGAUAGUAUCGCUGCCGGAAUUGCAACUCAUGCUACUCAUUUCUCGCCGAACCCGAACUUACCUCUACCGCCCGUUGAUCCGUCCAGGCGGCUCCCCUCUUCUCCGGGACCUUUAGCGACCGGCCAAAGCCCGACCGAAACGGGCUUCCGACCCAGUUCACAACCACCUAAAAAGAUCUGCCGAGACGCCGUGCAGGGAAGUAAGGCUCAGACGGCUACACCGCCGCCGUCUGCUCACAAGGGAAAACGGAGACUUGCACCGAAGCUGCAAACAGACAACAUGCAGAAUGAUGGAUUCGAUCCGGAGUUCGUAACUAGUACGCCGCAGCAGCAACACAUGGCCAACUUUAUGACAACCCCAACCGAUCUUUUUGGGUAUCCAAUGUCGGCGCCCGCGGCCGCUGGUGGCUUUGGGGAUUCGCAUACGUUUUGGGAUCCUAAUAUGGAUGGUAUGGAUCUUGACUUUACGACUGGCGGUGGAAAUAUGUUUCAAACUCCUGGUCAUCGACCCAUGAAUUCUUUAGACUGGGGCAAGUCAAAUGAAAUCUUUCAAGAAACCGGUGCUGCCCCAACCCCGAUUCAGGAGAAUAGCCAACCAGCAAAGAAGGAACGGGCGCUUGCGCCAAAACCUCUCCCGCCAACAUUGGAUACGAGUGCCGCCGACACUUCUAUGUUUAGCUCGUCUUUUCCUGCUUCGGCCGAUGAUUCCUUUGCUAUGAUGAACUCGGGCGGUGGCGUUGAUCCUGGCCUUCUGUUCACUCGGCCGCCGUCUUCAGGCAUGGAGCCUGCUCCGUUUGAUCCCAUGUCGCAACCUCCUUUAAUGCAAUCCUUUUCCCAACCUGAACCAGAACCCGUCAUAUUAACUGCAAAGGCGCCCAAACGUGCAGGAGUUCGUCGCUCGGCUAGUACUAGAGAGAUGGACACUGGUAAGAAGGUGAAUCGUGCCUCAGCAAGCUCGCCAGUUAAACCGUCGGACCGUCCUGGUCUAUCGCGUAGCUUUAGUGAGAAGCUAAGCCGAAAACCCGUCGGUAAAACGGCCAGUCUCCCUAAUCUCGCACCGGCCACACGGCCUAUGUCACAGAACAGCGGAAGACCUGGAGCUCAGGGGUCCCGAUCUAAUGGGCGAGUAUCACCCCUAAAGAACCAUCACCAUCGGCUCCCAAGUUUGAGCUCCAUCCCCGAAAUGCCAGUUCCUCGAACACAAACAUCGGUGAAAUUCACCAUUGACUCGAGGGGUCGCGCUAGGGCGGAGACAACGACGGUCGUCAUAGACGAUGAUGAUUCGACACCCACAGCGAUACGUCGUAGAGUGGAUCCGCCCAGAAGAGAAAGAAGUUGGGCCUCUUCUGAGGAUGACGAUUCGUCGACAGACGACGAGCCCAUCAUUAUUCCCAGUAGAAAUUCGUCGUUCACAUUACCGAACCCACGAAAACCGUCGGCAGCCUCUCUUCACUCUUCCCAACGAAGCGUUAGCGACCAGAGCGCGAGUAGUCUUGGGAUCUAUUAUAAUGAACCCGAUCCAGUUGAUAAUGGUGCCGAGAGCGAGGCUGAGACGGUUAUGAAUGUGACGCCCGGUAGAAACCGCGGUGACGCAGCUAGUGAGCUACGUAAGGUUGUCGAGAGCCGCCAAAAGAGGAACCUGAACGUGAAUGAAAGCUUCUCGGGGCGCCCAACAUAUAGUGGCAGUUCGACUGUAACACCCGCCUCCGCAAAGACCACCGAUCUCCGUACCCCCUCAAGCAGCCGAGGCCACCAGAUUCGAUGCGUUUGCAACACAAAUAAUGGCCACAACAAUGGCAAUAAUUAUAUGGUUCAAUGCGAAUCCUGUGAGAUGUGGCUCCAUGGCAAAUGCAUUAAUAUCAACCGCCAGACCCAUCCUCGGGUCUAUAUCUGUGCGUUUUGCGCGAAUACGCCGAACGCCCAUGGAAUGCGAGGCCGCGAAGUACGCAGGAGCACGGGAGGACCGAAUCCUCGAGCGCCUAUUACGUCUCCGCUAGCGCAUAAAUCUUUCAAGUCAUUUAGGUGAUGAUGGGACUACUUAGCAAGCAUGGCGAAGCAAAACCUAAUGUGUGAUACUUUCUGUCCAUCCUGAAUAGGGGUAUAUAUGUGUCAAUGGCGCUCACUGGGUAUAGAUGGGAAUAGAGCAGUUUAGUCAGAUCUAAGCUGGAGGACCUUCGCGUACACAUGAUACCCUGUCCUAUACAGUUUACUUAGUAGACAAAGAACAGCAAUGAGAGGCGCUUAUUUAUGAAUUGUAAAAUGAAGGGGGCUGGCGUUCCAGUACCGAGGUGCAGAUAUUUUAUAUUGUUUUUUUGUGACUGAUCUACUACGUUCUUGCAUAUGCAGAGAUGAUGUGUAUUAUGGGGCUUACUGUUUACCUGGGUGUCCAGCCAAAGGUAAAAUUGGUUAAACUAUAUGCGAAGCUAUCGAUGAUAUAUUUAGACGCAAAUGUUUAUAUGUAACAAUUAAGGCAGGAUCCUGCAUUUACAUGUGGAGGUUGUAAUUGAAAGUUGAAGUUUUUGUUUAUUGGUUGGACAUUCGAUGAUGCCAAUCAACAUAGGUACUAACUUACUUAUACCAAC